CACCAUCGAUAUGCAAUUUUUAUAUUUGUGCUGCGUUUUCUUUGCGCUGCUUGCUGAGACUUUUGCGAAAGGCGGAGGGGGAGGCGGUAGCAGCGGCGGCGGCGGUGGUAGCAGUGGCGGAGGAGGAGGAAGCAAAAGUUCCGGCGGAGGGUCAAGCGGAGGAUCAGGCGGAAGUUCUGGUGGGGGCAGCAAAGGAGGGAGCGGUAGUGGAGGGAAGAGUGGUGGAGGAAGCUCUGGCAGUGGCGGCAAAUCUGGCGGUGCACCAUUUGUGCCUGGCGGAGUUGUUGUGAUAGGAGCAUCUCCUGGCUCGAGUGGAUAUUAUAGGCCACUCAGCAGCGAGGAGUCACUUCCUUCGGAUGAAGAGAUUCAACCUGUUCUCGGGGCAAUCGAAUACAACAUCAUCGAAGCCAACAACACGAACAAGUCCCAGGUAGCGGUUUCGAACAUUGUCGAGGCGCUUCUUGCAACACCCACAUGCGUACCUGCUUCCUCGUCAAUCAAGAGCUCUGGCGUGACCAAGACUUGUAAUUCUUUGAUCACGCCCACGCCGACUGAGAGCAUCCCGGCGACCGCAUUCGCAGCUUGCACAGACUAUGCAUCCAUGCUCCGAUCCUGCGCCUCCGCAACAUCAUCCUUCUACUCCCUCCCCGCUUCUUCACAAGUAUCAUGUGCUUGCUACACAAGAACCACCUCGUCUUCGCGCUGCGCUUAUUCCACCGUCACUGGCUCGAGCACGUUUGUGGCUCCUGCUCUAGCGACUUCGUAUUUCGAUGAUGCUGCAGAUGGGUGUUACGGUUAUCUCAAACUUCAAGGCUUCGAACAACUAGCCAGCGCCAUCUCGGGGAAGAGCUCCAAGAACGAAACGAGCUUGGGUGCGGGCAUGUGUCGCAAUAUGGAUGAAGAUGUCCAGGGGUCGGACAGAUGGGGAUUGCCGCGAGUGUUGGAUCCUGUAUCUGUCGGUGAAUGUCGUCAAGUAUGGAGCAGUUCUCCUCCGCGCCGUAUACCGGUCGUAGGGUUGUUCAUGUCCGCAUUGAUUUCCCUGUUCGCUGCUGCGCCGGUAUAUUGA